UAAAGCCCCGCUGAAGCGAAUCCAUGCAUUUUUGUAAAAAAAAAAAAAAAUAUCUAUGGAUGAUUUUUUCCCCCUCCAUCACUAACGCAUUUUAUCACUCGCCAUGAACUAAACAGCCUUUAAAUGGCAGGAGGCAUCGUGCACAUCAAAAACAGGGGUUACAUUUAGCAUGGUUAUCUGAGACAAGCAUUUUCCGAUGUCAUCAAUGGAUCAGUCUUUUGGAUUUGGAUCGCAAGUGUCCAUGGUUGCUCCGUUCACUUGUAAAUUAACAGAUGGGAAAAGUAAGCGGCUUUGUGCCUUGCUGGGGAAUGUGAAACUGUCUCUUCUCUACAAAGCUUCAGUUCAUGGAUAUCAAGCUUCUGCCUUCCAUCAGCGAUGUGACAGUCAGGGUCCCACCUUACUUGUAGCCUACAACCGUACAGGCUACAUCUUUGGUGGAUACACUAGUGUAGAUUAUACUCAAAGUGGUCAGUAUAUUACAGAUGAGAGCACUUUCCUGUUCAGCUUUCAAGGCAAGAUCCCUGUGUGCAUUAAAGUUAACAGUGGACAUUAUGCACGUGUUGAUGAUGCUGGAAUGCCCAACUUUGGCCAACAGUUGUACUUCUGCUACAACAAUCAACCAGUUGUGUUAAAUCAAAGAGGGAAUGCAUUCAGUGUUAAUACGACAACAAUGUAUGGGAACGACUCUCGACUGACUGAAUGUGAGGUGUACAAAGUGAAGCAGAUGCCUCAGAUCAGUGCCAUACAUAAGCAAUGGAGGAAUGUUCUGUGGACAGCUAAUCGAAGAGCACAGCUCAUGGGAUUGAUCAGGAAUUAUAAACCCCUGGUGACGUCUGUGAGUCGGGUCAGAAUCCUAAUGAUCGGUCCUGUAGGUGCUGGGAAAUCCAGUUUCUUCAACUCCAUCAACUCCAUCUUCAUGGGCCGCAUUACCAGCAAAGCCAUGUCAGGAUCUGCAGGCACUAGUCUCACCACACAGUUUCGCACAUAUCCAGUGAAAGACGGUCGUGAGGGAAAGCCAUUGCCGUUUGUGUUGUGUGACACCAUGGGACUCGAGGAGCAAACAGGUGCAGGACUGGAUAUUGAGGACAUCAGCAGCAUUCUUCAAGGUCACGUCCCAGACCGCUAUAAAUUCAACCCCAUGGCACCGUUUCAACACAAUGAGCAAAGGGUCUACAGACCAGCAUCUCUACAGGAGAAGAUCCACUGUGUGGUGUACGUGAUAGACACCACCAAAAUCUCCCUCAUGUCCAGCAAAGUAGAGGAAAAACUUGCUUCCAUACACCGAAGAGUAAACUCACAAAGCAUUCCACAGAUUGUCUUGAUGACAAAAGUAGACGAAGCAUGUCCUCUAGUGGAGAAGGACCUUCAAAGCCUUUAUCUCAGUUCCUACAUCAAGUCAAAGGUGCAGGAGGUGAGCUCUUGGUUGGGUGUGCCGGUGUCUUGUGUGUUACCGGUGAAGAACUACAGUCAGGAGCUGGAGCUGGAGCUCAACUGUGACGUCCUGCUUCUCACCGCUCUACAGCAGAUGCUCAACUUUGCAGACGACUAUCUGGAUGAUGCUGAUCGAAGCCUCAGGUCAGCGUUGAGAGGAAACCAUGGAGAAAUGUUCUGUGGACAGCUGAACGAAGAGCAGAGCUCAUGGAAAUGACCGGAAGUUAAAAACCCCUGAUGACGUCUGUGACUCAAAUCAGAAUCUUAAUGAUUGUUAACUGUGACGUCCUGCUUCUUGCUGCCUUACAGCAGAUGCCUAGCUUUGCAGAUGACUGUUUUGAUGACAUUCAUCCUGAGGAACCCUGAAUAAAGUUUUUUUUUUCUUUU